AUGAAUCGUUACGCAUGGCACCAGUCGCUGCUCGUGCGCCGUGCUCGUAGUAUCUCGCUCUCUCGCACUCGCCUUCGACCCACAUUGGACUCAUCAUCUCUUCCUGGUUCGCUCUGCUCCGUCUCGUACGCUUCAUCCUCUACCAUGAAGGCCGACAUUUGUGAAUCAGCCAUGAAACUUCUCGGCGUCAAAGACGGGAAGGUCACCAAGCCAAAGCCGAAGGAGCUGGAAGCCGAAGAAAUGCAGGUAUACCUCACGAAACUCAAGGAGUUGGUUCCGUUCAUGCCCAAGAACAGGAAGUUGUCGAAGUUAGAAGUCAUCCAGUAUGUGAUCGACUACAUUUGUGACCUGCAAAACGCCCUGGAAACGCACCCUGUGAACAAAGUUUCACCGUCUGGAAAUAGGCAGCCCCUGCAACCCUUGGGAGUGGUUGCUUCCACCAAUACCUGUGCCCAAGAGGGCCAGCAGCACCACCCAGAGAAGUCCCCAUCUGAAGUCAGUAGAACUGUUUCCUGCUGAGAAAUCUCCAGUUGGGAAAUUCCCAAGUGUUACGCUUCAGGACUGCUGCUUAAACCAAAGGUGAUCUGUGUUUCUCUCGUCACCCUGUGGCGAUGGAAAACCCUCAAGCCAAGGUGAACUGGGCCAUUGACGGCUUUUCUCUCAGGGAAGUCUGGGACCUUGAAGAAUGGUUUAUCUUCCCUCGAUGAGCACUGUCUCCGAACUCCAGCGGGGAGGAAUGUGAUUUCAGUUUUCGAAGUUGAACUGUGAUGUCUUCAUAGGAUUAGGACUUUUUUUGUCUGCUUUUCUUGGUACAAAGUCAUGAGUGUUUGAGAUCGGAAUGCUUGAGAGAAAGCACUGUUAACUGAGAAUCAGAGAAUCAUGGAACUUUCCCGUUCGCUCUUUUAUAAUGAGUCACUUCCCCAACUCAGGACACGCGGAUCUUCUUCCGUAAUGACUUCCCAUGUAGAAGCUAAAUAGUAUGCAAGCGCCUAGAUGGAUUUAAUGGAAUGAAGAAUAUAUAUAUACAGGCAUCGAA